AUGUUACCAUGGGUUAUUGGUCAGUUGUUAACGAUAUUUUGUACGGGUCUUGCAAUCGAAGAUGAAAUCAGUCGCGAACGACGUAUUGACUGCCUUCCGAAGCCGAACACGUUUCAAGGUGAAUGCGAAUCGAAGGGUUGUAUAUGGGAUAACUUCUAUGAUAAGGUAAAAACCAUAUUAUAUACAACAAAUGUUAACUGCUUUAAGCUGUUCGACACUUGUUUAUGA